CAUGCCCGGGCAGUGAGACGAUGGGGAUGCGCCGGGGUUGUGGUGCCGGACAGCAGCGUUAGCGAUCGCGACAGGGAACGAUGGCUAUCCACUCCAUGCACUGGUUCCGCAAGGGGUUGCGGCUGCACGACAACCCGGCGCUGAGGGAGGCUAUGCGGGGAGCGAGCACCGUCUGCUGCGUCUACAUCCUCGACCCCUGGUUCGCCGGCUCGUCCAGUGUUGGGGUGAACCGCUGGAGAUUCCUGCUGCAGUGUCUGGAAGACCUUGAUGCCAGCCUUCGAGAGCUGAACUUGCGGCUGUACGUUAUCCGCGGGCAGCCGGCUGACGUUUUCCCUCGGCUUUUCAAGAAAUGGAACAUCAAUCGUUUAACAUUCGAGUACGAUUCUGAGCCUUUUGGCAAGGAACGCGAUGCAGCCAUCAAGAAGCUGGCCAGUGAAGCUGGAGUGGAGGUCAUCGUCAAGAUUUCACACACGUUGUACGAUUUGGACAAAAUAAUUGAGUUGAAUGAAGGGCAACCACCAUUAACCUACAAACGAUUCCAGACACUGAUCAGCCAGAUGGAUCCACCAGAGGCACCUGUAGAAACAAUCGAUCAAGGAACUAUUGGGAAAUGCACAAUACUGGAGCUCAAUGAGCACAAUGAAAAAUAUGGAGUCCCAUCACUGGAAGAACUUGGUUUUGAUACUGAAGGUCUGAAUCCAGCUGUGUGGCCGGGUGGAGAAACCGAGGCUCUAACUCGUCUGGAAAAACAUUUAGAACGAAAGGCGUGGGUAGCGAGCUUUGAGAGGCCCAAAAUGAAUGCCUUUUCACUGCUGGCAAGUCCCACAGGGCUCAGUCCUUAUCUCCGAUUUGGUUGUCUGUCCUGCCGCCUCUUCUAUUUCAAGCUAACAGAUUUGUAUAAAAAAGUGAAGAAGAAUAGUUCACCUCCACUUUCCCUUUACGGCCAGCUUCUGUGGCGUGAGUUCUUCUACACGGCAGCCACCAAUAAUCCCAACUUUGACAAGAUGGAGGGAAAUCCGAUCUGCAUGCGCAUACCGUGGGAGAAGAACUCGGUGUCACUGGCCAAGUGGGCGGAAGGGAAAACAGGUUAUCCAUGGAUCGAUGCCAUCAUGACACAGCUGCGUCAGGAAGGCUGGAUCCAUCACCUGGCCCGGCACGCUGUGGCCUGCUUCCUGACACGAGGGGACCUCUGGAUCAGUUGGGAAGAAGGCAUGAAGGUGUUUGAGGAACUGCUGCUGGAUGCUGACUGGAGCGUGAACGCUGGCAGCUGGAUGUGGCUCUCCUGUAGCUCCUUCUUCCAGCAGUUCUUCCACUGUUACUGCCCGGUUGGCUUUGGGCGCAGAACAGACCCCAAUGGAGACUAUGUGAGACGCUACUUGCCAAUUCUUAAAGAAUUCCCCACAAAGUACAUCUACGAUCCAUGGAAUGCUCCUGACACUGUGCAGAUUGCUGCAAAGUGCAUCAUUGGGGUACAUUACCCGAAACCCAUGGUGAUACACGCAGAGGCUAGUCGCCUUAACAUUGAGAGAAUGAAGCAGAUUUACCAGCAACUCUCACGCUACAGGGGACUUGGUCUGCUUGCAUCUGUGCCUUCCAGCCAAAGUGGAAAUGGAGGAAUGAUGUACACUUUGGGAGAGCAAGUACCUGAGAACACAGACCUGGUUCAAAGCUGUUCAAGUGGACCAAUGACAGCCAAGCGUGGUCUGGAAAAUGACAGCAGUGCUGGCGAUACCGGGGAGUCCUCAGCACAGAAGUUCCGUCGCCAGGGCGAUGAUAGCCCACACCUUGUGUCUUACUGAUGUGAAGUCUUUUAUUACUGGAGCAGUCCGCCUGAAGGACCAAGACUUCCCUGUUUUCAUUUGUUAGAUUUUUGAAUCUCAUCUGUGGAAUAUUGUGUCUUCAAUUACGUGAACGCUCAGUGUACAACUUGAAUGGUCUCAUAGAAUGAUUUUAAUAUUUUGUCAUCUGUAGUGUUGUAACAUUUGAAUGUCUCAGAAGUGUAAUAAUUUCAGUUUUCUGCCCAUUACCAUCCACAUACACUCAGUUGCCACUUUAUUAGGCACACCUGUACACCUCAUCAAUACUAAUCACCCAAUCAUUUGGCAGCAACACAAUGCAUAAAAGCAUGCAGACAUGGUCAAAAGGUCCAGUUGUUCAGACAAAACAUCAGAAUGGGGAGGAAAUGUGUUCUAAAUUACUUUCACCAUGGAAUGAUUGUUGGUGCUAGACGGGGUGAUAUGAGUAUCUCAGAAACUGCUGAUCUCACAACAGUCUCUAGAAUUUGCAGAGAAAGGUGCAAAAAACAAAUAAAAAUCCGGUGAGUGGCAGUUCUGUGAGUGAAAAUGCUUUGUCAAUGAGAGGCAUCAGAGGAGAAUGACCGGGCCGGUUCAAGCUGACAGGAAGGUGACAGUAACUCAAAUAAUCACGUUACAGUGGUGUGCAGAAAAGCACCCCUGAACGCACAACACAUUGAACCUUGAAGUGGAGGGACGACAGCAGCAGAAGACCAUGAACUUACACUCAUUGUCCACUUUAUUAGGUACAGAAGGUCUCUAAUAAUGUGGCCACUGAGUGUAUAUGGAGUAGAUUUGUGGAUUUGCUCUUACAGAUGGAGAAAUUGUGUCUUUAUGAUACAGCACUGCCUCCGAGAUGGGUAUCUGACAUGUUUGGAAAUACUUAUGCUUAGAUGAUAAUUGAGUUACUCUGGUGAUUCCAGUUCUCUUGCAUUUCCAGUUUAAACUUGUAUGUACUCUAGGACACAGUUCUGAUUUACUUUUUAAACCUUGCAUUGCCAUGCCCCACUGUGGAGGCCAAGUCAUUGAGUCCAUUUAAAACGGAGGUUGACAGGUUCUUGAUUAGUCAGCGUGUCAAAGGUCAUGGGGAGAAGGCGGGAGAAUGGGAUUGAGAAGGAUAAUUACACCCAUGAUGAAAUGGCAGAGAACAUUCGAUGGGCCAAAUGACCUACUUCAGCUCCUUUGUCUUCGGGUCUGAUUUGAAGAUUUGCCACAUUUAGUGACGGGAUUGAAACGUAGUUAUCACAGGUGAUGGGGAGUUCUGGUUGCAGGGGCUAUGAAUGGAGAUACUCACAGGCAGCAGAGAGAGAGAGAGAGAGAGAGGGAGUUACAGGCGAAUAUGGGGGAACAUUGCACUCAGCCCAAUGCAGGCUCUGUAGACUGGAUGGUAACGUGACUUGACAGAGGUGUACAAGAUGAGAAGAGGUGUACAUCGAGUGGACAGCCAGAGACAUUCUCCCCCAAGACAGAAAUAGCAAAUACAAAGGGGCAUAAUGUUAAGGUGAUUGGAGGAAAGUGUUGGGGAGUUGUCAGAGGUGGUGGGUG